GUAUAUCUUUAUAAAAAAAAUUGUUGUCUUUUACAUAAAUAAUCACAUACAAGAAUGACUGCCUUUAUUAAUUACUCCACACAGCAACAAAAGAAAGAUGAAGACGAUGAUAUGUCGUUGGCUGAUAUAAUGUCGUUAAGAAUAUCUACAACACCAAUAGAAGAGAAGAAUACAAUGUGGAAUGAUUGGUCAGCUAAAAAUGAAUUAUAUCAUCAACAAAUGCAAUCAAGCUAUCAUCAAUUGCAAUAUCUUCAGCAACAACAGAUGAUCAUGAUGAUGAAUAACAAUAGUAGAAGAUCAUCUACAGUUUCAUCUAAUAGCACAAGUACUGGUUACAGUAGAUCUCAUUAUAGCCCAAUAUCACCUUCUAGCUCUAGCUCCAGCAUUAAAAGAAUGCCAGCUUCUCCUACUGGUAGUCAUAGACAUAGCACUAGGUCGAUACCUUCUUCUCCCGUAAUUGAUACAACGCCUAAAAGAAGACAAUCAUUGGGCAAGAGAAUCAAAAAGGUGUUUGGUAUGACCGCCGUUGAAUUACCGAAUCAACUUUGCGUUGAUACUAAAAUUACCCCCUCUGUUGCUAAACACCAACACCACCACAAUCACCAUCAUCAUCAUCAUCAUCGUCGUUACAAUGAUAUCAAUCAGUUACCAUCACCUGCUUCAUCUACUGUAUCAACAAUAUCAACCACUAAUACUAAUAAUACAACUAAUCAAAAGAAAUCAGUCUCCUUUAACACUGUCAUAAAACUACACGAAACUUUUUCUGCAUCCGAAUACGACAGAAGAUGCGAUACUAGCGCUACCUGUCAAAAGUUAACUCCUGUUAUCGCCUUAAAGAUUAAGGAAGAGCUCAAUAAUUACAAAUUGAAUGACAUGUUUGUUCAUCUUGAUAGUAGACAAAAUACUCAUUUUUUUAUGUAAAGCUUAAUACUCG